AUGGAGGGAGGUUUCUUGGAGGUUUCUUGGAGGAUUCUUGGAGGAUUCUUGGAGGUUCUUGGAGGAUUCUUGGAGUGCAUUCGACGAGCAUCUGCUGCCAUGUCCGAAGAAGAGGAAACCUCGCCUCGAAAUUUCCUACGGAAAUUCCGGGACGAACAAAGUCGUCAAUUGCUCACGCUCACGGCGGCUCAAUUCAUGGAGAUAUGGAAUCACUACGACGCCGACGGGAAUGGCUACAUCGAGGGAUCCGAAUUGGACAGUUUCCUUCGAGAGUUCGUCUCCAGUGUGAACGCACCUGAUGUCAAUCCCAUGAGCGUUCCUGAUGCCAUGCUGGAGCAGCUCAAGGAAUGCUUCAUGGAGGCCUACGACGAUAACCAGGAUGGAAGGAUCGAGAUCAGAGAGCUGGCUCAACUUCUCCCCAUGGAAGAGAACUUCUUGCUGCUUUUCCGCUUCGACAAUCCCCUCGAAUCCAGCGUGGAUUUCAUGCGAGUAAGGGAUCCUCCACUUUCGGACGAAGCGAGAGAUCGAGCGCGAUCGAGCGCGAUCGAGCACGAUCGAGCGUUAAAACUGAUGUCCCACGUUUCGUUGCAGGUGUGGAAGCAGUACGACAAGGAUAACAGCGGGUUUAUCGAGAAGGACGAGCUCAAGAAUUUCCUGCGGAAUCUGUUGAAGGAAGCAAAGAAGAUGGCGGAAGUAUCCGAUGCGAAGCUGCAAGAAUACACGGAUUCCAUUCUGCACGUCUUCGACACCGAUAAAGAUGGGAAGCUCCAGCUUAGCGAAAUGGCGAAAUUGCUUCCGGUGAGAGAGAAUUUCUUCGGGCAGCAGAAGCUGAAGGAAAUCCUGGUGGGUUGACCACGUUCUUAUUUGACCAAACCUCGUUACACCACUAAGACGAUCUGAAAGCCCUCUCGUUCUCUUCGCAUAAUGCAAGGGAACAAAUGGAUUCGGGAAGGAAGACAUCGAGAGAAUCUUCGAGAUGUACGACAGGGAUAAGAGUGGAGCUAUUGAGAGCGACGAGCUUCGGGGACUCCUCAAGGACUUGUUGGACCAAGCCAAGAAGCCGUACACGGCCGACGACCUGCUGGAACUCCAGCAAAUGAUCAUGCGAGGCUGUGACGUAGACCACGAUGGGAAAAUCAAUCGCAGAGAACUGACCAUGAUUCUCUUGGCUCUGACAAAGGUCCACAAUUAAUCCUAUGCAGUACUACGCUUUCAUCCUACUUCUCUUCCACCUGGACAGUAUUCUCCAUCAGUAUUUAAAUCAGUAUGGUAAGUGGCAUGGGAGACACCGCUCCAUGACUGAUCUCAAAUCGAUGAGCCCAGCUGGGGUUGGGCCGAUUCUCAAUUUCUAGCAUAACCCUCCCGUCGUUACCUGUUGAGGGAAUCACCCGCUUUUGAAUCCCACGGAAUGCUCCCAUCUGGACAUUUCCCAGAUAUAUAGAGAACAUUAGCAUGCUGAUGCCCCUGCCGAUAUGUACCUCGAGAAAAACCACGAUAACACCUCUUGCAAAUCACUUCCUUUUUAAUUACUGUACAAUCAGGUUGAUUCCAUACUUGGUCAUAAAACAC